UAAAAAGAGUAUUAAACUUACUUUUGGAUGAUGAUAGCAAAAUUUUAGAUAAAGUAUUUCAAUAAUAUUAGUGAGAAGCAACCGAUAUCUGUUAAGAAAAUUACUGCGUCGCUAUUACGCUAAACCCAAGUCGGUUAUGCGGUGUCCCUUACCAAGGUAUAAUCUCCACUUCCGAUCACCACUCCAAAAAAUAACACGAUUUACCUUUUCCCGUUUGUUCCCGUAAUUUCUAGAACUUCAUGGGCGACAGCACCACAUCCACCACUGCCGCCGGCCAGGCGCCAAGGCCGCAAGAAACCAAAAAGGCUACCGUGGCGCCAACGCGAUGGGCCGAUUUAGAAGACGAAGCUCCGGAGGAAUCGAGCGCUUCCUCAACAUCGGAAGCAAAAGCUGCGCUGGAACUCGACGUUGAAAACCUAGCAAUCGACGAGAACAAAAAGAUCAACAAAUUCCUUGACGAACCUGAAGACUCCAACAUCAAAGCCGUCACAUCUGGGGAUACACCGUACACGUCAGCAUUUACAUUUGAGGAAUUGAAAUUGUCACCAGAAUUAUUGAAGGGUUUAUAUGUUGAGAUGAAAUUUGAAAAGCCUAGCAAAAUUCAAGCUAUUAGUUUGCCAAUGAUUUUGAAUCCCCCUUUCAUGGAUUUAAUUGCUCAAGCUCAUAAUGGCUCUGGAAAAACCACUUGCUUUACGCUUGGAAUGCUAUCUCGUGUUGAUCCGAAUAUAAAAGCUCCUCAAGCACUUUGCAUUUGUCCCACAAGAGAAUUGGCUAUUCAGAAUUUGGAAGUGCUUGGGAAGAUGGGGAAGUAUACUGGGAUAACUUCAGAAUGUGCUAUUCCAAUGGAUAGUACUAAUCAUAUUCCAAUUAAUAAACGGCCGCCUGUUACAGCUCAAGUAGUUAUUGGUACUCCUGGCACUAUUAAGAAAUGGAUGUCGGCUAAGAAAUUGAGCGUGAUUCAUGUGAAGAUUCUUGUGUUUGAUGAGGCUGACCACAUGCUGGCUGAGGAUGGGUUUAAAGAUGACUCUUUGAGAAUAAUGAGGGAUAUUGAAAGGAUGAGUUCUCACUGCCAGGUUCUCCUAUUUUCUGCCACAUUUAAUGAGACUGUCAAGAAUUUUGUAUCAAAGAUAGUUAAGAGAGAUCACAAUCAACUAUUUGUUAAGAAGGAAGAACUAUCACUGGAGUCAGUGAAGCAGUACAAGGUGAAUGUGCCAGAUGAACUUUCCAAGGUUAUGGUGAUUAAAGAGAGAAUUUUUGAAUUUGGAGAGCGCCUAGGGCAGACGAUAAUUUUUGUACGCACAAGGAAUAGUGCAAGCACAUUGCAUAAGUCACUUGUCGAGCUUGGUUAUGAUGUUACCACAAUUCAAGGUGCUCUCAAGCAAGAAGAUCGAGACAAGAUAGUGAAAGAGUUUAAAGAUGGUUUGACUCAAGUCCUCAUUUCAACUGAUCUUCUUGCCCGGGGUUUUGACCAGCAACAGGUUAAUUUGGUCAUCAAUUAUGAUCUUCCUGUGAAACAUGACAAUCGUACGGAGCCUGAUUGUGAGGUUUACUUACAUAGAAUUGGCAGAGCUGGGCGUUUUGGCCGCAAGGGAGCUGUGUUCAACUUGCUUUGUGGGGAUAUGGACCAAAUGAUAAUGUCCAAAAUCGAGAAUCAUUUUGGCACCAAAGUAGCAGAGGUUCACGAUUGGAGGAACGAGGAAGAUUUUAAAGCUGCUCUCAAAGCAGCUGGUUUGUUGUAAACAUUUAGAGAUAUUUGGAUAGAAGUCCAAAUUUAUAGAUAUUAAACGUAUUUAUUGAAUCAAAAAUUUAACAUGGUAUUUUGAACCAUGUAAUAAUUUAAGUUAAUAAUUACAAAAAAGGGUAAAAAAAGUUGUAUUUGAAUACCUUUAGAGGUGAAAUAAAAAUAGUAAAAUACAAUGAUCAAUUAAGAGCCAUCAAGAUUGAAAAGAAAUAUU